AUGGCGUCCCUCAAGCACUUUCUGACGGCAUCUAUCGCCGCUCUCCCCAUCAGCGCACACAUGCUGAUGAAUCUCCCCACCCCCUUCUCCCCGGACAAGGUUAUGACCUGGCCGGUAACAGCCCCGGGCGGUCAAUACCCCUACCCCUGCCAAGGCUGGACCGACGUUGCCCACCGCACCGUCGUCACAGCCGGCUCGACCACGCUGGUCAACUUCACGGGCUCGGCCCCGCACGGCGGCGGCUCGUGCCAGUUCGGCAUCAACUACCACGGUCUGCCCGCCUACACGGCCGAACCCGAUGACUGGCGCACCAUCUACACCAUCAUUGGUGGUUGCCCGGCCGAGAUCAAGUCCACGCCCGGCAACCUCGAGGAGGACCCCUACUUCCGGGGCUACUUUGAUCGUCAAAUCCCCGAUGCCGUCCACUGCGGUGACGACAAGGGCGUCGACUGCAUCCGCCAGUUCGAAAUCCCCAUCCCCAAGGACCUGCCCAACGGCGACGCCACCUUUGCCUGGACCUGGUACAACCGCAUCACCCAGAACGAGCUGUACAUGCUGUGCGCUCCCAUCACCGUGACCGGGGGUGUCGAGGACAAGGCGGCAGGUGAUAAGUUCGUCGAGGAGCUGCCGGUCAUGUUCUUGGCCAACAUCCCUGGCUUUACCAACUGCACGACCAGCCGGAUGGGCGACCAGGGUGUGUUCAACAUCCCCAACCCCGGCCGCUACGGCGUGCAGCUGAUCGAGCCGGACCCGAACGCCGCCGGCGACUGCCCCGUUGCCCCCCCGGCCGUGUUCGACCCCCCGAGCGGCAGCGCCGGCCCCGCGGUUUCUGCGCCGGCCCCGACCGCCAGCAACAACGGCACAGCUCCCUCGCCCACCAACAGCCCCGCUUCUUCCGGCAUGAGCUUCCCGGCCACCAACAAUGGGACGAUGCGCGGCACCACCACCUUUGUCACGGUGACCAAGGGCACGUCCACGGUCACGGAGACUGUGGCCCAGACGACUGGUACCAAGAUCGCGGGUGCCUGCAGCUCGUAG